GGCGCCUGCGCAGUGGCGGCCCCGGUUGUUGUUAUUGUGGGGCUGGUCUGCGCCGCGCGAAGAUGGCGGCCGGGCAGGGGGGCGGUGGCAGCGGCAACGGCGGCGGCAACGGCAACGGAGCGGGGGGGCUGGGGAUCCCCGGGAUCCCCGGUCACCUCACUCUCUCCUUCUCGGCCGGACCGCACUGGGGCGCGGCCACUCUGCCGCAGCCACACACGGUGCGCAGCCUGGACCGGGCCCUGGAGGAGGCGGGCAGCUCGGGCAUCCUCUGCCUCAGCGGGAGGAAGCUGCGCGACUUCCCCGGCAGCGGCUACGACCUCAGCGACACCACACAAGCAGAUCUUUCAAAGAACAGAUUUACAGAAAUUCCUCCUGAUGUCUGGCUGUUUGCACCACUGGAAACACUAAAUUUGUAUCACAACUGCAUCAAAUCCAUUCCAGAAUCUAUUAAAAACCUGCAAAUGCUUACCUACCUUAACAUUAGUCGCAAUCUUUUAUCAACGUUGCCAAAAUACCUGUUUGAUCUUCCACUUAAAGUUCUGGUUGUCAGUAAUAAUAAGCUGGUCUCCAUCCCAGAAGAAAUUGGGAAGUUGAGAGAUCUAAUGGAGUUGGAUAUUAGCUGCAAUGAACUUCAGGUUCUUCCCCAGCAGAUAGGAAAAUUGCAGUCACUUAGAGAAUUAAAUAUAAGAAGAAAUAAUCUCCAUAUGUUACCAGAUGAAUUAGGAGACCUUCCCUUGGUAAAGCUGGAUUUUUCUUGUAAUAAAAUUACAGAAAUUCCAAUUUGUUACAGAAAGUUACGUCACUUACAAGUUAUAGUUUUGGAUAACAAUCCAAUGCAGAUACCACCAGCACAGAUAUGUUUAAAGGGUAAAGUACAUAUAUUUAAAUUCCUCAGCAUUCAGGCGUGCCUCAGGAUGGAUAAAAAACCAGAUUCUUUGGAUCUUCCAUCAUUAGGUAAACGAAUCCCCUCCCAGCCACUCACAGACAGCAUUGAAGACUUUUAUCCCAAUAAAAAUCAUGGACCAGACUCUGGCAUUGGAAGCGAUAAUGGGGAUAAAAGGUUAUCCACAACAGAACCUUCUGAUGAUGAUACAAUCAGCCUUCACUCCCAGGUGUCAGAAUCAACAAGGGAACAGACACUAAGGAAUGACAAUCAUGUGAUGGGAAGUAAACUCGAUCCACAGAAAGACCAGGAGGUGUACGAUUACAUUGAUCCAAAUGCAGAAGAGGGAGCUGUUCCUGAGCAAGGAGAUGUGCAGAUUGGAACAUUGCUGUCUUUUAUCAAGGAACGGGUAAAGCAUCCUGAGAAAUCCAAAAAAAUAGAACAGAAUGAGGACUGGGGAGAUGAAAAAAGACCUCAGAAAGAACAGCUGCUGGCUGAGGAUGACGAUGAGCUCAAAGAAGUGACUGACUUGAGAAAAAUAGCAGCUCAGUUACUGCAGCAAGAACAAAAGCACAGACGAAGGCCAUUAAGCUAUAGAACUUCAUUCAGUGAAAAACUCUUCCAGAGGACAAGGGCCGCAGGACGUGCAUCAAGGCUUCUUAACCAUUCAGUUUCAGUAAACACAAGGAGCAGACCAAAGCAGCCAGUGGAAUCUGAAAAAUGUGUCUCAGCAGAUGAAGUGAAUUCCCCAGUGUCCCCAUGCAGCUGGCAGCCACUGGAAAACCAGAAGGAUUCAAUGGAUGAGCAGCAUUGGCCAGAAACACAGCCAGUGAUUUGGCAGAAUGAAGAAAGGAGGAGAAGUAAACAAAUUAGAAAAGAGUAUUUCAAGUACAAGUCUUCCAGAAAGAGUUCAAGUGGAAAUGAAAAUGAUGAGCAAGACAGUGAUAAUACUAAUGUCUCCCCACAGUCUCCUGUGUCGUCUGAGGAUUAUGAAAGGACAGAUAAUAACACUCAUGGUCCAUUUGGUCUCAAACCAAGGUCAGCUUUCAGCCGUGCAUCUCGCCAGGACUAUGGUGCAGUGGAUCCUGGAUUUACAAUGAGGAGGAAAAUGGAGCACUUAAGGGAAGAAAGGGAACAAAUAAGACAACUUCGCAAUAAUCUUGAAUCGAGGUUAAAAGUCAUUUUGCCAGACGACAUUGGAGCAGCAUUGAUGGAUGGAGUAGUUCUUUGCCAUUUAGCAAAUCACAUAAGGCCACGUUCUGUUGCCAGCAUUCAUGUACCAUCACCAGCAGUGCCUAAACUCAGUAUGGCAAAGUGCCGAAGAAAUGUUGAAAACUUCCUUGAUGCUUGUAAAAAAUUGGGCGUUCCACAGGAGAGACUUUGCUUGCCUCAUCACAUUCUGGAAGAACGGGGCCUGGUGAAGGUUGGCCUCACGGUUCAAGCACUGCUUGAAUUGCCGACGUUGAAAGUAUCUCAGCUUUCCUCCAUGUGACGUGACAUCUUGGAAGCUGGACAACUUAGGAUUCCAUCUGCUGAUUUGCAUUGCUCUGAGGCAGUUCAGCUUCCUCCAUGGGAACAUCCAAGCCAUCAAAAACUAGUAUCUGUCCAAGUGCUGUAGAGAGCCUUACUUUGGAGUUGUAUGUGAAAACCUUGGAGUCAGCUGACAGUUAAAAGAACAUAAUUAUUCCUUUUUUCUUUUUUAAUUGGGUGCACAAAUAGAUGGUGGUAGCAUCAGAUUCUCUUUCCAGUUAAUUUAAAAGCUGCCAUUUAACAUCUCAGUGUUACAGUUAAAUGCUGGAUUAAUUUUCCUACAUUGUAAAUGUUGCUUGAAUUAUUUUACAAGUACAAGGCAUGCCCCCCUCACUUUAAUCUUUCAAGUAAGUCAUUUGAUUUAAAGGUAAGACAAAAAUAUAACUAUGGUAUGAUGGUAAAAUGCGAGCGACUGAUCACUUGUAAUCCACUUUCACCCUCUCAGAAAGCUUAAUAUUUGCAUUCUUGAUUUUUUGCACUCCUGAUUGUAACUUAGACUUCUAACAUUGCCAGUAUUUAGUGUAUGGUGGUUACACAAAACAAUAUACAAUGGGAAAAGGACACAUUUUAUCGAGUUUUUUUCCAGUCUUCUAGGUUGGUGCCAAAUAUUUUUUCAGUUGUACUGUAGAUUGUUUACAUGUGAAGUGCCUGUGUAAUUGAUAACUCUUAAUAGUCUUAAACAUUUUUGAAAUUUCUUUGUUUAAAAUAGAUAAAAUGGAAAUUUUUAAAUAUUUUAAUAGUUUUUUGUAAAAUCGGUAUGUGAAGAUUUAAGUAAUACUUCACAUUUUUGAUGUUGGGUGUUUUAAGUUUGCACAAUUUAAUUGGUUCUUUUGUUGUCUAAUAACUAGAAAAUACUGUAAAUACUUCUUAUUUAUGAUAUUUAAUUUGAUAUACCUAAUCACUUUUGGUUUAAUGUAUUGUUGGACAAAAAGCUGUCUACUUUUCUUUUUUUGGGACAAACAAAUAUACAGAGUAAGACAUGAGGACUAGUGAUACAUACAGAGUAAUUUAGGACAUUUUGAUAAAACUGCCAAAAUCUCAGGUUUACGCUGUGACUUUUAGGAUAUUGUGUAACAUUGCUCCUGAUUUCAUUACAUUUUUAUAACAGGUAUAUCCAUGACUUAGUUAAGAAAUAUCAGUGUUUAUCUUUUUAGUGUUUACGGCAUGUGUUGUGUAAUUUCCACAAGUGUGGCGGAGCACACAAAUCAGUUUGGAGAAAUGUCACUGUGCUGAGUCAGCCUUUUCUGGAUAAAUGUCAAAAAGGAAAGAUUUUCACUGUUGGGGUUUUUUGAAACUUCUGAGUUCGUAUUUGUUUGCUUCAGCACCAAUUCUGUGUUUUGAGAACAUUCUGAAACCAUACACAGCUGAGCUCUUCUCCAAACUAGUUGCACACCAUUUAAUUAUUUUAGUAAUAAAUCUGUUUGCAUUAGUUUGUUCUUCAUAAGUAGGUAACUCAAUUGAAAAAAGUGCUCUCACAGGUUUUCUAUUUCAGGCUAAUUUAAUUUCAAUUGAGGAAUAUGUUUGCCAAGCAUGUAACAAGAAUUGAUUCUGUUCUUUCCGAUUGAUUGAGACCCCAUGUAAUAUAAUUCAUAAAAGAAGAGGGAAAGGUUUUAUUUACUCCUUACUUCAUUUACUAUAGUUGUUAAAUUCAAUAGCUGAGAGCAAAAAUAACCUUUUUCUGAUGACAGUUUGGUUUUUGUUUUUUUCCAAAAGAUUAUUUUUAGUUCUAUUGAAACAAGCUGAUUCAUGUGUAAUAGUUAAAAACCACUGUUAAUUAUGUAGUGUUUUCUUAAAAUACAGCUCAUAAAGAGUCUGCUGUAAAACUUAAUUUGCGGAGACCUAGAUAUAAAUCUUGGGUUACAUAAGUGCUUGUUAAAGGAAACUGGAUUGCUUUGACCUUUGAAAUAUGGUACUUCAAAUAUCUCUAAUUGUUUUUUAGAUUAUUCCCAUAAUACUUAUUUUAACAACUUCAGUCUCUAUUUUUCAUUAAAUGCAGUAUCUGAGAAGUCAUGCUAAGACUAAAAUGAAAAAGUAAUAUAAUUCAUUAAGCAAAAUGCCUUUUGUCUGCUACAUUUGAAAAAUGCAACCACUCAAAACCAAGUCAUUGUUUUGAAAUUCCUCGUUAUAGUAUUUGACGACAACAGUGAAGUUCUAUUUCAGUAUAUUAGCCACAGAAUUGCUGACUUUAAAUUGUCACUUCUGGUUAUCUGGCUUAAACUGAUCUACACCACUAUUUCAUUAUCAUGUUUGAAUAUGUUUUCUGAACUUUAACUUUUUCCCUACUAUAACUAAAUCUAUAAACUUGUAUCACAGUGUAAACAUAAAGAAUUCCAAUGAUGUAGCAUGCCAGAUGCUUACCAGAUAUUUUUAAGUGUAGCUUUUUUCUUAAGUAACUUGAGAACUGGAUAUGAAAUUAAUGUACUCAUUAUAAACUGUAUCCCUGAAGUUGAAAACCACUAAAAUAACUUUUUAGUACUCUGGAGUUCUUCCCCACAAAGUUGCUAGAAAGAGUCUUGCUUUGCUGUUCACUGGACAUUAUUACGGCCUUUGUCAAGGUAGUGGGAAGGAUAAUCAUGAUUCUUCCAGGCUCCCUUUCUAGCAUUGCAAAGACUAAGGCCUUCAGUCAUCCUUAGGAGCAAUCUGAGAAAGGUCCACUGUGUCUGGAUUAAUGGUUUCUCAUCUUUCUUUAGCUGCUUUUACACAUAAUAAAAAAAAUGGCUGUUCCCAUUGUGAUUAUUUUUUAAGGAGCAACUGCAAAACAUUUUAAUUUGAAGCACCCUGUGGGAAUUGCUGCUGUCUUCCCUGAACAAGAAUUUGCCUACUAUCCCCUUUCUCCCUUUCCAUUUGAUUCCCAGCAUCUUCUCAGUUAUUUUUGUUUGUUCUCAAAUGCAGUGAGUUGACAUUGCUCAUUACUGCGUGCCACUUUCCUCCUUCCUCUUUAUUUUCUAAGAAAUUACUCCAGUGGCAUUGAUGAACUGCUGUGACUCCAGAUCCCAGCUCCCACCAUUUAGAAUGUUUGAGAUAUCCAUUUGCUAUUUUGUGGAUGUAAUGUCAUUACUUAAUAUUUGGCAUAACUGUUAGGAUGCUUAAAAACAGAGACCUGCCCCAUUCCUGUUGUAGUCACUCAGUUUUUACUUUGGACAUGAAGUCAACAUUAAAAGUUUAGGAAACUGUGUUAAGUUUUCCUAAUAAAUUUAAGAAUGUCCCAGAUACUGUGAAACUUGAAAACAGUGGCAUUAAAAUAAUUAUUUUAAAGUGUGGUGACUUUUCCCCCACAGUAUCUCACAAACACUUCACAUCUGUUCAAUAAUAACGCUAAUCCAGUGUGCUGGCUGGGGCACUGCUGGGAAUGCAGAAAACACUCUAUACCCAUGUCUUUGGAGGCCUUCAAAAGAGAGCCAAGAACUAAAACUAUUGUAAAAUAUGGAGGAAUACCUUUGAAACAAUAAAGAGCUGUGACAUGAGUCAUUUCUGGGUAAAAUCCUAGCUUCACUGAAGACAACGCAGGUUUUGCUCUUGACUUCAGUAAAGAUUUGACCUUUUCAUUCAUGGAACACCUGAGGUGGAGACCAUAGCAAAGGUGGCUUAAACUUGGUUGAUGUUAACAAAGCGUUAGUGUCAAAUUCUUGACUAAAAAUAGCGAUCUCUGGUAAGUCAAAGAAAGCUGUAAAAUAUUACACGUUUGUUUAAUACAAAUCUUCUGAUAUACAGAAUUAAGAUGGUAGGAAAAAAUGACUUUGAAGCGUAGCUUUCAUACUGUGGGAAGGGAUGUCACCUCAGUAAAGUUGCAGGUGAGCACUCGCAUCACUUACUGCACUAAAAACUUUAUUUCAGAUAUCUUUUUGUUCAGCAGCAGUCUUCUCUAGAUAUUGAUAGAAUCUGUAGCCAAAUUCAAACAAAAAAUGAAAAGGCAACUGUUUUCACUAAAAAUGAAUUCCCAUGUGUCUUCUCAGUAUUGGAGAGAAGGUUGAAAGUCUGGCACUUCUUCCUUCUGUUUGUUUUUAAAAGCCUGUAUGAAAGGUACCUGUUGUGUCUAACACAGCUGCAGUCUGUUGGUUUGUCUCUGAAUCGGUCUAUAUACCAAUGCAGAGCUUAAGCACAUCAAUAAUUCAACUCAAAGCAACUUGUGGGAGUUUUUAGCACUUUCUGCACAUAGAUAAUGUAGUGGUAAAUCAAAUUUCUCUCUUUCCUCACUGAGGAUGGCUGAUGUAUGUGUUUUUCACAAGAGGUACAUCAUAUUAAACAGUGACCUCUACUUGAAAAACAAAAGCAAAUAAACAAAACAUCACCCCAACACACAAACCAGCUGAACUAUUUCCUCUUUACAGGUGACUUUUUGGAAUUUUUUUUUUUUUUAAAAAAAAGUAAAAGCAGGAAUGGGAAAGGCAGAGUAUAGUUGUCCAAGGAGAGGGUGCUCCAAGUUGAUCUCAUGUUGAAUCACUUCCCAGUGAAAAGCCUCUAGAUUUAGUAGAGAAAGAGACAGAUGUUUUGUAGCUACUCCUGUGGGGGAAGGUGGGUCCUUAAGUACAUAGAGUUUUCUGUUGAGGUUACAAUAACAAGAAAUUAGGCAUCUUUGUUUUCCCAAAGACUGUAUAUUUUGGGUAGCUCUAUCCCAUUGCUGUGGACAUUGAUUGUGCAGUGAACCUGGCCUUUUCCAAGCCCUGAGCGGGGCAACAGCCUGGUGCCAUUGGCACUAACUGGUGCUAUUGGCAUUGCCCUCUGGCUUUGUGAUGAUGACACUGGUCUGUGUGGUGCAACUCGUGAAGGAAACACCCCCUUGCUCCAUGCUGCUGCCUCCUUCUGCGCAGCCUGCAGAAUUCUUCUGAAUAGAUAUUUGCAAUCUAAAUAAAAACGCUAAGGAAAGUGAUAAGUUUACUUGAGAGUAAUAGAUAAGUAGUUAUUUACCAAUAUUUAACCUCCAUUGGCAAAGAAUGGAAGAGGAAGAUUGCUCUAGGAGCUACAGAACUUCACUGAUUGAAAGUUGCACUAGGGCUUUUAACAGGUUAGCGUGUCACUUGUCCUCUCACGUGAGUGAGCCAAAGGAGGGAUGCUAUUUCUUCUUUUAUAUGUAUUUACACUGGGAUAUGUGUAAAUCAAAUGGAGGGAAAGGUGAACUGUAUCUUUAAUCGGGAAAUUUACAGCGCAGAUCAUUUUAGUAAAUUAAAUAUGAAGGUUAAAAGUUCUUCCUGUGAAGAAAAUUUCUGCUUAUCUUGACUGUUAAAAUAGAACAUAUGUGAUUAACUGAAUUUUAGUUUAGGCUUGCUGCUGCGCAGGACCCGUUCUGGUUCUUGUGUUUCUUAAUAAAAUGCCACUUUGCUUUAUAUGUCUUUAAGUAUUUCACGUAUUACAAUUCUGACAACAUGUUAAAAUUGUGGUUAUAUGCAGUAUUUGUUCCCUUAUUGGUUUUGACUUAUUUUUGUCUUACAAGCUGGGAGUCAAAAAUGCUAUAAGUACCUGUUUAAUAUCUAUGGAAGGAAUACAAGUUCUUAUAAGAAUGACAUCCAUCAUUUUAUAGCCUACUACAUUUUCAAGGAAGACUUUUUAAUGUGGUUUUGUUUGUUGUUUUUUUUUUUGGGUUGAUUUGUUCUCAAACCCAUUUUAGAAUCGUAAUCUUAAACAAAUCCAAAAGGUCUUUCCAGGACUAUGUUAGUAUCUUAGCAAAUAUUAAAGAAGAAGCAUAAUAGCUCAAACUGACAACAAAUGUUAUUGUUUUGGGAAACUGUCCAUUUUGGCAGUGUUAGCUUUACAGUUGGACUCGAUCUUAAAUGUCUUUUCCAACCAAAGUGAUUUUAUGACUUCAGUGAAACAAGAAUUUCCUUCAAUAGUUUUGUAACCGAGCUGCAACACAAAGUUAAUGAGGUUUUCCCCACUUUUUUCAAAAUUGUGUGAAAUAAGGUAAACGCGACACUUCUUUUCACAAUAGUUUUAUGAAGGCUAAUUGUGAAAUAGCGUUUAUUGGGAAAUAAUCACAAGGACACGUUUUGUUUCAUUUUUAAAUACGAGUGAACCAGUGAAAUCUUUCUAGAAUUGCCAGGUUUGUUUAGGAUUUGAUGGUGCCGUUCCUGGCAUGGGAACUCCCGUUGUUCAGUAUUAAUUGAUUUCUGGAGGAUGUGCAAGAUGGUGCUCUUGCCAUGCAAACGGUCAUAGGGUUGUGUUUACGGAGUUGAUGUGUUAAGUAAGCACUGGUGCAAGUGGGGGAAUCCCCAGCUGCAACUGCUGGUGUCUCUUACACCAGCAGAUCCUGUAAGGCUUGGAUUCCCAUGAAGGGACACACACAGACGUUGCAAAAGGGGGUUUUGGUGGAUUACGUUGGGAAUAAUGUGAAUACUUUUUGCUACUAGGGAACGUGUAGAACAAGGAAACUGUGAUUGCUCUAUGGUUAUCAUUCAGUUGGUAUUCAGUUAUUUUAUUUUGUAACUCGUGACUAUAAAACUCAGAAAAUGGAAUGUAACCAAAUGAUCAAUGUGUAAAUGUGUGCAGGAUGUGACAGAAGUAGUUCUGAGGCACAGUUGGAGAGUGAUCAUUUAAAAAUAGAUGUUUAAAUUGUGUAUAUACUUGCAACAUCUUUGAUAGUGCAUUUUAAUUCAUUUUGCAUUUCAUGUUCUUGUAAAGUGCAUCUUCCACACUUCUGAAGAUUGUCUACUUGUACAAUACUGUAUUAAGUCUUUUUUCAGGACUUCCAUUAUUGCUGGAGCUUCCAACAUAUGUUUCUUUAGAAAAAUGUUCCUACUGUUAUUUUUUUGUAAAUAGUUUUUUUGUAUUAAAUUUGCAUGGAUGAAACCCACACUUCCAAAAACAGUGUACAUACUCUGUGUAUAAAAUACAAACUAUUUCAUAACUUUAA